CGGGUGCGGUUCAUUCGCGCGGCGGCGGCGGCGGUAGCGGUGGUGGUGGCGGCUGUGGCGGCAGCAGAGGAGAUGUGGGCUACGCGCGGGCUGGCGGUAGCGCUGGCCCUCAGCGUGCUGCCUAACAGCCGGGCGCUGCGGCCAGGCGACUGCGAAGUUUGUAUUUCUUAUCUGGGAAGAUUUUACCAGGACCUCAAAGACAGAGAUGUUACAUUCUCACCAGCCACUAUUGAAGAAGAACUUAUAAAGUUCUGCCGUGAAGCAAGAGGCAAAGAGAAUCGGUUGUGCUACUACAUCGGGGCCACAGAUGAUGCAGCCACCAAGAUCAUCAACGAGGUGUCCAAGCCCCUGGCCCACCAUAUCCCUGUGGAGAAGAUCUGUGAGAAACUGAAGAAGAAAGACAGCCAGAUCUGCGAGCUAAAAUAUGACAAGCAGAUUGACCUGAGCACAGUGGACCUGAAGAAGCUCCGGGUGAAAGAGCUGAAGAAGAUCCUGGAUGACUGGGGGGAGAUGUGCAAAGGCUGCGCAGAAAAGUCCGACUAUAUCCGGAAGAUAAAUGAACUGAUGCCUAAAUAUGCCCCCAAGGCGGCCAGUGCACGGACUGAUUUAUAGUCUGCCCAACCCCUGCUGCACCUGAGGGGAAAACAGUUCUCCUGUCUCUUCCCCAAACAACCAUUUUGUAAUUUAUUUUUGAAGUGGGCUCCUGACAAUGACAUGUGAAGCCUGGAGCUUUCCUAAUGACGCUGGCCCUGCGGUGCCCCCUCCCCGAAGAGGGAGGGAUUUCCUUCCUUCUUUUGCUGGUUUACUCUAGGACUUCCAAGUUUGUCUGGGAUUUUUUUAUUAAAGGGAAAAAAAAAAUCUGUCUUUGGAGAGUUGAA